CGAGGGCGGAGACUUCGUGGCUGCAGGAGCGCGACGCGCAGUGGAGUUCAAGCCGCGGGAGAGCGGGACUGCAGCCGGGGCGCUCAGCAUGGCUCGCCUAGUGCUCAGUCUGGUGAGCUGUACCUUCUUUCUAGCAGUGAAUGGUCUGUAUUCCUCCAGCGAUGAUGUAAUCGAAUUAACGCCAUCAAAUUUCAACCGAGAAGUUAUUCAAAGUGAUAGUUUGUGGCUUGUAGAAUUCUAUGCUCCAUGGUGUGGCCACUGCCAAAGAUUAACACCAGAAUGGAAGAAAGUAGCAACUGCAUUAAAAGAUAUUGUAAAAGUUGGUGCAGUUGAUGCAGAUAAGCAUCAGUCCCUAGGAGGUCAGUAUGGUGUUCAGGGAUUUCCUACCAUCAAGAUUUUUGGAUCCAACAAAAACAGAGCUGAAGAUUAUCAGGGUGGCAGAACUGCUGAAGCCAUUGUAGAUGCCGCUAUCAGUGCUGUACGACAGCUCGUAAAGGAUCGCAUCGGGGGAAGGAGUGGUGGAUAUAGUUCUGGAAGACAAGGCAGAAGUGAAAGUUCAAGUAAGAAAGACGUGAUUGAACUGACAGAUGACACCUUUGACAAAAAUGUCCUAGAUAGCGAAGAUGUUUGGAUGGUUGAGUUUUAUGCUCCUUGGUGUGGACACUGCAAAAAUCUAGAGCCAGAAUGGGCUGCUGCAGCUACGGAGGUGAAAGAGCAGACAAAAGGAAAAGUGAAACUAGCAGCUGUAGAUGCUACAGUUAAUCAGGUCCUAGCCAACCGAUACGGGAUUAGGGGAUUUCCUACAAUCAAGAUUUUUCAGAAAGGCGAGCCUCCUGUGGAUUAUGAUGGUGGUCGGACAAAAUCUGACAUAGUUUCACGGGCCUUAGAUUUGUUUUCUGAUAAUGCCCCACCUCCUGAGCUGCUUGAGAUAAUUAGUGAGGACAUUGCCAAGAAGACUUGUGAAGAUCAUCAGCUCUGUGUUGUGGCUGUGCUGCCCCAUAUUCUUGAUACUGGAGCUACAGGCAGAAAUUCUUAUUUGGAAGUUCUUCUGAAGUUGGCAGACAAAUACAAAAAGAAAAUGUGGGGAUGGCUGUGGGCAGAAGCUGGCGCCCAGUAUGAGCUUGAGAAUGCACUGGGGAUUGGCGGGUUUGGAUACCCCGCCAUGGCCGCCAUUAAUGCACGCAAGAUGAAAUUUGCACUUCUGAAAGGGUCUUUCAGUGAGCAGGGCAUUAAUGAAUUUCUCAGCUUCCUGUGGAAGAUGAUAUUGAUCUCAGUGAUGUAGAGCUCGAUGACUUAGAGAAAGAUGAGUUGUGAGAUACGCAGCAUGAAAAUUCAGUUUUCUUUUCUUGGGAGCCGAUUUUUCCAGCAGUGAAAGAACAUUCCUAACAAUCCGACGGAUCUACAGUGGCCUUUGUAACCAAGAAGUAGCACUCGAUUGGUCAUUUGAAAACACUGCAACGGUGAACUUUUGCAUCUCAGGAAAACAUUGAAAAAAUUCUGUGAAUCGUUGUAGCCAGUGAAUUGGGUUGUAUUCUGUCAAAUAAUAUUUGAAGAAAACUGAUGGUGUGUUGAAACGUAUUUUCCAUCCCUCUGACUGCUGCCUGAAUGUUCCUUAAGGCUGUUUCUUAUAUGUGUUUUUUAUUGUGAUUCCUUCAUUUGAAUAUUCAUGGUUUUUUUCCAUUGAAGAAUAAAACAAAUAUUUUGGACAAUGCUGAUAAAUGUAUGAAAUUACUGUCCAUAUCAUAAAUUCAGAGUCUGAUGUUCAGCCAGUAAAUUAAUAUUAUAAAGUGACUCCCCUGAUGUCUUUCCUCCUUAUAAGCUUUUUUAAAAGGAAAAAAAGACCCUUUUCAUUCAGAUGAUGUCAUCUGAAUACCUGCCACGAUGCAGAUUUUAUGUGUUCUAAAAUUUUAAAUUCCAUUUGUAAAUGUAAAGCAGUUUUUUUAAAGUAUGGAAGACAAUGGAUUGUCAUUUGAGAACUGCAUUUCAUGCCCAGUAUUUUGUCUUUUAGGGCAUCACUAGUGCCUAAUCGGGAAUAUGAGCUCCAGGUUGUUUAUAUUCUGACCCGACUCUCAAAAUGUCAAGACAGGCGAUGCAGCAGCAGGUUGCCGGUUUGUAGGCAGAGUCCGCAUUUGUGCGUAACAGAAAUGAAAGGCUAAACAGUGAACGUUGAAUUGUGUUAGAAUCUAAGCGAAGAGUCAAUUCAAAGGACUGAGAGCAUUUCUUUAUUGUAACUUAAAAAAAAAAUAAAUACAACUGUACCUAA